AUGUCAGAGUCAAAGAAUGCCGAUGAAGUGCAGGUCGACUGGAGAUUUAUUUUGACCCGCUAUGAUGAAGACAAAUAUACAAUUCCCUAUUUUUUUGAUUAUAUGAAGACAUGGACACCUAGCAAAACCUACACAGUGAGAAUCGCAAAUAUUUACGACAUCUCCAAGUUUUGGGUAGUAUUUCAUUACAAUGAGCUUGAUAUCUUCCGUUCGUUUUUAUCCGAUUACUACAAGAAGCAUGGACAUCUUUACAAGAUAAAAGCAGUGAGGAGAGGCAUCUAUUGUGUUGUAUUUGCUGAGGGCGCCUACUAUAGAGGCAUAGUAGCAGAAGUAUCAGAAGAGCCUAAAGUGCUAGUGUUUUUUAUGGAUUUCGGGUAUAUCUCAGCUGUUGAGCAACCUAACAUAUACUACUUGGCUGAGAAAUUUUAUAAUGUACCAAGAUUUGCUGUACGAGCUGUACUGCAUGGCAUACACCCUGUUGAUACCUGUCACUGGACUAUGGAUGCUAUCAAAAGAUUCACAGAAUUAGUAGCAGAGAAGAUUAUGUUGUGUUUUGUAGUAGGCCCUCUUGAAAAUUUCAGAACUGUUUAUGUGCAUCUAGCAGACUUCAAUCAAUCCAUUACAAGUCAACGAUUUCAAGAUGUAGGCGAUAAGUUAAUCAGUGAAAAGUUAGCAAGUGUUGCUGUGCCUUCUUCCAUGGACAAUGUUAAAGGGAAGAGAUUGGUGCCAAUAGUAAAAUAUCCUUAUUUAUUUCCUAGUUUUGAUGUGUUAGAGAAGUGUACGAUGCCCUUUACUGCUUAUACUAUGGAUAUGUUAAGACAGUGCAAAUCUAGUUCAGUUUUACUAAAACCUUACUGUAUGGUUAAUGGUGUAAAUGCGAAGAGUUGCCAGAUACCAUAUCACACCUGA